AUUUAAAACCAAAGGUCGACAGAAAUGUUGCCUAGCAACGUAACCUGUGCGUUCGGAAUCAAAAGAUUCUUAACGUCUCAGAACCGCAACAGCUACGGUUAACCGUUAGCUUAACUCUUGGAACAAGUUCUUUUAUUAACGAUAAUUAACCAAACAACCAUCAAUGCCUCGCAAGCUGAGUUUCUUUAAAACCAGACGGUACAGCGGAUCUAGUACCCUUGCAUCCAGUGACGCAUCACUGGAUAUGUCUAGUGAUGCCUUCGACAACCAGGAUUGUUUGUCAUGUAAUUUGGAAGAUGAUCUGUCAACCGAAAUGUGUAGCAGUAAUAAUAACAGCGCUAAUGAGAAAUCUGCCAUCACAAAGGAUCGUCACACUGAUGGAGAAGUGUCUGGUCCUGAUGGCACAAUCCUCGAGCUCCAAGAGUUUAGAGAAACCCAAAUCCAACAAGAGAAGUGCCUGCAAACCCUCAGAGCCAACUACCACAGAGAUUUUGCUAUGAUAACGCAGGCACUUGAAGAAGAAAAAUCAAGCAAAGAUGUUUUAACAAAGGGACUUGCUGACAUCGCUGAACUUUAUAAGAAUGAAACGCAGAACUUGAAAGAGGAGCUGACCAGUACAAAGGAGAUGACCAAGCAUCUGGUUUUAAAAGCUACGACAGAUAUUCAUGAGGUGCUGGGGGCUCUUCAGUACCGUUUGGAGCAGCUUGAAGAACAGCAACGGCAAAAACAGAAGCCUCUGCCUAUAAUCCUUGAAAAAGUUCAAAACGGCCCACUUAUCAUUUGGUCGGUCCUUCUAGUGCUUCUGUCCAUACUGGGCUACUUAGUGAUGACCCUUAGACCAUAAGGCUCCAGGCCUUUUGCCGUUUUGUCACUUUAAGAGGAUUUUUUUCUUGAAUAUUCUGUCUUGGUCUGCAACUUGAGUUCUGAGAUACCCGUAAUAAAAGUUUCAAGCCAUGUGAA